AUGAUUACUUUUAUGGAUUCAAAAGAGAAAUUGAAAGAAACUGAGAGAUGCUUAGAUUCUCAGUUAUGGCAUGCUUGUGCCGGCAGCAUGAUUCAAAUGCCGCCGGUGAACUCGAAAGUGUUUUAUUUUCCCCAAGGACAUGCGGAGCAUGCCACCGGAAAUGUGGAAUUCAGGGACCGGAACGGUCAGUCAAGGGUUCCGGCAUGGAUCCCUUGUCGAGUUGCUGCUGUUAAGUUCAUGGCGGAUUUGGAUACCGAUGAGGUCUAUGCCAAAAUCAGGUUGAUUCCGGUGAGUGGAUCCGGCGAAUUUAGUUGUUUUGAUGAUGAAGACACAGGUUCUCAGAAUGGAGGAUCAUCGGACGGCCAGGUUAAACCGACAUCGUUUGCGAAGACAUUGACACAAUCCGAUGCCAAUAACGGUGGCGGGUUUUCCGUUCCGAGGUAUUGCGCCGAGACGAUAUUCCCACGGCUCGAUUACUCGGCGGACCCACCAGUACAAACCAUUCUGGCCAAAGACGUUCACGGCGACACCUGGAAGUUCCGGCACAUCUACCGAGGGACUCCACGGCGACAUUUACUGACCACUGGAUGGAGUACAUUUGUGAACCACAAGAAGCUUGUGGCUGGAGAUUCAAUCGUCUUUCUAAGGGCGGAAAAUGGUGAUCUCUGUGUAGGAAUCCGACGAGCCAAGAGGGGGAUCGGUGGCGGUCAGGAAACUUCAUCCGGUUGGAAUCCGGCAGGUGGCAACUGUGUCAUUCCAUAUGGCGGUUAUUCGCCAUUGAUGAGAAAUGGGAGCGGUGGCGGCGGCGGCAGCGGCGGUGGGAAUACGACGGGGAAGGUGAAAGUAGAAGCUGAUUCUGUGGUUCAAGCAGUGAAACAAGCGACAAAUGGGCAGCCGUUUGAGGUCGUGUUCUACCCAAGGGCUAGCACGCCGGAGUUUUGUGUCAAGGCGUCGCUGGUGAAGAACGCAAUGCAGAUCCGGUGGUCACCGGGGAUGAGGUUUAAGAUGCCGUUUGAAACAGAGGAUUCGUCGAGAAUCAGUUGGUUCAUGGGAACGAUCUCUUCGAUCCAGGUUGCUGAUCCUAUUCGUUGGCCUGAUUCCCCCUGGAGACUAUUGCAGGUGACAUGGGAUGAGCCCGAUUUGCUUCAAAACGUGAAGCAUGUGAACCCAUGGCUCGUAGAAUUAGUAUCGACCAUGCCUGCGAUUCAUAUGUCGCCUUUCUCACCACCCCGAAAGAAAUGUAGGCCGUCCCAACACCCUGAUUACCCCAUGGACACCCAAAUACCCAUCCCGAUUCCCGGCCUGUGCGGACCCCACUCGCACCUCUUUGGUGGGCCCACCACCGGACCUUUCGGCUACCAUAUCCCGGAGAAUUUGAACCCUCAUCAUCCUGCUAGCAUGCAGGGAGCCAGGCACACUCGUUAUGGUUUAUCUCUCUCAGAUAUCCAACUCAAUAACAAACUGAAUUCAGGUUUUUCCCCGACCACCACGAAACCCUCCCACAUCCACCCAUUCUUGAACAAACCGGCUAUAUCUGAGCCUGUUUCCUGUCUGUUAACCAUCGGGAACUCAACCACGGCCUCAAAAGAAGCCGAAACCCCCAAAACGUCCCAGUUCCUGCUUUUUGGUCAGCCAAUUCUUACAGAGCAACAGAUCUCCGAAAGAGGGCAUGUCUCAGGGUCCGGGUCCGGAUCUGGAUCCGGAUCCGGGUCUGGACAAAACCACCACCGGGAAAGCGAAUUGAACUUAGAGACAGGACAUUGCAAGGUAUUCAUGGAAUCAGAAGAUGUGGGCCGUACCCUCGACCUCUCUCUACUCAAUUCAUACGAAGAACUAUGCAAAAAACUAGCAAUCAUGUUCAAAAUCGAAAGCUCGACAAUGGUGAACCGUGUUCAUUAUUGGGAUGUCACCGGAAGCCUAAAGCACAUCGGAGACGAACCAUACGGAGAGUUUGCGAAAACAGCAAGACGGUUGACGAUCGUAACGGAUCCAAGCAGUAGCGAAAACAACGUUAAUGGUUCAUGAAGAAUAUGUAGAGAAUGAUGUGUUUGGUUUUGGUUUUGGUUUUGAUUUGGACCAUGUUUUUGGUUUAGUAUCUGAAAUGAAAGUGGUAACUUCUGCAGCGAUUUUGUUGCUGGGGUACUUUUGUUUUUGUUUGAUGUUGUUAAGGUUGCGAAUUUAAAUCAUAUUUAAAUUGAUUGUGUGUUGUGUUGUGUUGUAAAAAUAA